CCCAUGCAUUGCAUGCGCGUGGGAGCUUCACCCAUUGACGUCUGCCUGACGGCUCAUUUGUAAGCCUUGCGACCUUGACCUCGUCCCGGGAGCGCCCACGGACAGACGACGUUGCCUCCUGCAUACCAAACUACCACGCCUCUCAAGAUGCCUCCGCAGGCGUCGCUCGUGACCAAGCUCAAGGUGCAGCUCAAGCUGGCCAUCGCGCGGCUGCGCAUGGUCCAGCAGCGCGACGAGCAGCUCGGCAAGACGCACCGGCGGGCCAUGGCGCAGCUGCUCGAGGCGGGCAAGGUGGACUCGGCGACGAUACGCGUCGAGGGCAUCAUCAGGGCCGACAUCACGAGCGAGCUGCACGAGAUGCUGGAGCUGUACUGCGAGCUGCUGCUGGCGCGCGCGGGCUUGCUCGAAGGACCGGCGUGCGACCCGGGGCUGGAGGAGGCGGUCAAGAGCAUCGUGUACGCGGCGCCCAAGACGGAGAUCAAGGAGCUGGGCACCGUGCGCCUGCUGCUGGCCGAAAAGUACGGCAAGGAGUUUGUGCUCGAGGCCAUGGACAAUGCCGACGGCAAGGUGAACCCCAAGGUGGUCAAGAAGCUCAGCGUCGAGCCCCCGCGGCAGGAGCUGGUACAGGGAUACCUCGAGGAGAUUGCCAAGGCGUAUGGCGUCGACUGGCCGAGGCGGGGGGCGGUGACGCCUCCGCCGCCGGAUCUGCUUGACGAAGAUGACGGCGGCGGCGGCGAUCACGACGACGACGACAAUCCCUCGGGCGGGCAGGCGCAAAAGGCACUGGAGGAGCCGCUGGUGGCAGACAACCAGGCGCAGACACCGGCGCGGCGACAGGCGUCGCGCGGCGAGGAGGAGCUGCGGCGGGCGACGAACCCGCCGCGGGGCCAGCUCGGCGGGCCCAGAAGCCCCGUGACGGUGACGCCCCCGCGGAUGACGACGGACAAUGUGCACCCCAAGGUGACGCUGGGGUCGGUGGAGCUCAAGCCCAACAAGAAAAUGGAGGGCGCGGCAGCCGCCACGGCGUCGGCGUCUUCGAGGAGGGCGGCCGGGGCCAAGGAGCCGGAGGGGUCGGUGCCGGACAUAAGUGACUUGGAGAGGCGGUUUGCGGCGCUCAAGAAGAGGUGAUGAUGCUGGUGCUGAUGAUAUGGAUGGAGGAGGAGGGGGAGCAGGAUUGCUAGGUUGUUUUCUUGCCUUGUUCCUCUUCUGUCCUUUUCAUGGGUAGGAGGAAUAGGUCUCAUUCGCAAAGCGGCUGUGAUUUCCCCAACAUUUUGGCUACCUCAGUACUGCUUGCACCUUGCUUAGUACCUCCUACUAAUGUAUGCCCUGAAUCACUCUCGUGGCCCGGAUCCUGAACAGCAUGUCGAUGGGGAACACCCGGCAGGCCGCUGCCCGGCUGAAUGCAUCGCUGGCAGGUCGGCCAGCUGGCGGCGGCCCGGCAACCGACAGCUGUGAACAGCCUUGGGAGGAUUGAUGGCUUGCACGCGUCCGCCGGUAUUUAAAGCGCCCUCCCCUUCUCCGACCCGUCACUCUGUUGUUUUCGAAUUUUCACACCUGCAACCUCUUUCUCUCUUCCGCUCACCACCCUUCUCCCGCUUGAUCACCGUCAAAGCUCUUCUACACACAACCGCCCGCUUGCACGGGAGUUAACCCCUCUCUCCAGCACGUCUUCCGCCUGACUCGAGAGCUGCCGUCUGUUCUUUUGCAUUUAUUUGUUGACUCCCUUGUCUCGUUG